CCGUGCUUGGCUAAUGGCAAUGUGCGGCAAAGCAUCUAGGCUUGCCGUCACCAGCCGCGACGUUUGAGAAGUCACCCUAUUCAUACCUCGCAAGGAUGAGACCCCUACUGGCAGUGCUGCCGCUGCUCUGUCAAGGUACCACGAUCGAUGCCUCCACGGUCAUGCGACGCGAUCCGGAGCAUCUGCACAACAGCACGGCCAAGCCCCCCAGUUUUCCGGGAAAAACGGAAGUGGAGGUGCAGGCAUCUGGCAAGGUGCUCAACAAGGAGAAACACAUAAAGCAUCAAAAAGCCAAGGCGGCAAUGGAAAAGGAGCCACCAGCACUCCUGGAAGGUAUCUUCGACGCCUCCCUGGCGCAAGUUCAAACAGAACAGACCCUGGGGUUGAGGGAAGUUAUGUUUGGGAUUUUUUGUAGGCGGGUCUUCGACGUCGAUGUCUUGCAAAAGACCUGGACAGGAGAUUUGGUGGUCACGAUUAGUUGGAACGAUCCAGCAGCAAGCCAGGCCAUUCCGGAGGGCCAAGACGAGACACGGAUGGCCACCGAAGAAGCCAGGAAGAUCAUUUGGCUUCCAGACAUCGGUGUGACCAACCGAGACUUCCGAAACCUGGAAGUCAUUUCCAGUUCCGUGAAAGUCUGGAAGGACGGUCGCGCCACUAAGGUGGAGCGGAUCCUGGCUACCAUGACCAGCGAUUUCGACACCAAAGCCUUUCCAUUUGAUCAGCAGAAGCUGAAAGUCAUCUUAGCCUCCGAAAAGCUGAUGGCAGAUGAACUGGUGCUGAACCCACAUACGGACCAGAAAGUGACUGGAGUGAAGGAUGAUGUUCUACUUGGUAGCGGCUUCACUGGUGUGGAAGGAGCAAAGCCCAAUUACACCAUCGACAAUUUCGAAGAAUCCGACGGCCCACUGGUGAAGAGUCGAGGUGUCUUGGAGAUCAAGAUCCGCCGUAACUCAGCUUCUGCUGGGAGGCAGAUUUUGACCCCUGCCUUUAUUAUUCUUGGCGUGGCCUACAGCGUCUUCUUCUUCCCCAUGGUUGCCGCCUUCGUCAUGCCCCGGGUUGCUGCUUCGAUCAUUUCGCUGCUGGGCAUGUUGACCUUCAUGACGAAGAACAAGAUGCCGGAUUCCUGGACGGAUGUGUUUUUGGAGGCCAUGUGUUUGCAGGUGGCCUGCAUCUGUUUGCUGAGUUUGACCAUGGAGAUUAGUUUCCACACCUUCAAAAACGAGGAGUUUGCGAAACAACUCAGUUUCCAGUACCGAUGUAGUUUCCCUGUCGUCUCUUUGGUGAUUUACGUCAUUCUCAUCAGUUGCACUUCAGGAGAACUCAAUGAUCUCUGCACUUACUUGAUUCGUUCCCUGGUGGCUGUGUUGAUGGUGUUGAACUUUGCCAGGAUUUAUCGGAAGUUGAACCCCCGCCCGGCCGAGACUCCUGCGGCAGCUGCGGCGCCGGCGGAAGCGGCGGAAGGCGAGGGCAAGUGAGGCGACAAAGCCCAGAUCGGCGCAACAAUGGCAAUGCGGAAAAACGG